GAGGAACGCGAGACAAAUCGAGAGAGAAAGAGAGAGAAAGAGAGAGAGAGAGAUUUCGCGACGAACUUUGAGGCGAAUUCGGUCGCGAAAAGAAAGAGAAUCAGUUGGAGAGAGCGGUGUGUCGCGUUCGGGGUGACCGAGGUGUCGACCUCACCCCCGAUCAAACCAGCAAGCAGGUCGGAUGAUGUGGGCGUCUCUGUUUUUGGCCGGGAUCUUAAGCGGCUGGUGGGGCGCAUUGGCGCUCGCUGCGGCACCCCCCGCCAAUCGGAACUCCCUCGAGGAGACGUCGACGAGGACCACCAGCGACCAUCCACCAUCGAUGAGCAUCGCCGCCGUUGAAAAGCCCCUCGAUUACCGUUUACCAACUUGGAACUUCGUUACGCGAACUAUCGAUAGACGCGAGCAUCGAACAGUCGACCAGACCCUCGCUCGACCUACGCGAGAUUACAAAUUACCGGUCGGCGGCGACGACGACGACGACGACGACGACGACACCGACGACAAGGACGACGACGUCGAGGUUGGAGCGACGUCGCGGCUUAACCAACGAUCCGAACACCGGCAACUUCGGCAGGAGCAACAGGGGAGAAGAUCCUCAACUGGGAACUCGCAACUUCUCGAGAAUGAUAAACGGCUCGUCGAGUCGAAUUCGUGGACAACGUAUCGGCUCGGUUACGAGCUCGGUUCCUCGUCGACGAUCCGAGAACCCAUCGGGGGAAGCUAUCGAACCGUUUCGAGCUUGCCGGCCAGCAGCGGUUCGCCACCGCGCCUUCGGGAUGCCACGAAGUGGUACACGGAAGAAUUGGACGACUCGAUACGCGACGUGUUCGUCUCGUCGUCGAAACGAAGGAUCGCGGAUCCUAGUCGCGUGCUCGUGCAGCACCAGACGGCGGACGUUCAUCCAAAGAUGGAGGAGUCCGGAUUGACUCGGCUACCACGUCACUCGUCGACGCAAACGCCGAUCCUGUAUCCAUCCGGGGACGAGUCGUCGAUGGAACGGCCACGAGUGAUCAGAUCGGCGAAGCAACGACCAAAGAACCGUACGAAGGCGGAUUCGCCGAGGGAGCAGCGACGAAGAUGCCGGAACAAGGGUUGCCGCGGUCAGAACUGGUGUCCGGACGUGGACGUUGGGAACAGAGCCUACCUGGCGCCCACGGUGUUCGAGGGGAAGGCGAGGAGCAUGUCGUCCGUGAGGAAACCGGGCUCGAACUACGCGGUGACGUUCGAGGUGAAACAAGUAUACAAGAGCCAGCCCGGUUUCCAGCCGUUGCAGAAGAACGACAGCGUCAGGCUGCACUUUCGGGACAAAUCGGCGCCCGGCAAGUCCACGGUCUGCGGCUACGACACCGACGGCAAGCAGCAGCAGCAACAGCAGCAGCAACAGCAACGCGAUAAUCAGAGUGGUGUGGUGCGAGCCAAUAUUAAGAGGGGUAAAGUGUAUCUAGUGUUUGUGAAUCGCGUGGGACCCAGAAACUUCACGAUCCUCGGUGAGCCGGUGAUACGAAGCAAGAAGAACGAACAGGCGGUGCAGGCUGUCAUUCGACCGGAUUACGUGAGGGAGGUUACGUUGUCCGAACUCAGGGACUCGAUAGCGAGGUUACGAGAGAGAGUGAAGCUAGUAUGCCGAACGAGGGGUUCCCCGCCCCCAAGGGUGCACUGGCUGAAAGACGGUAUACCGCUGCACCCUCGCAGAGGCCUGAGGAUUCAACACAAACGUGAGGGAGGUUACGUUGUCCGAACUCAGGGACUCGAUAGCGAGGUUACGAGAGAGAGUGAAGCUAGUAUGCCGAACGAGGGGUUCCCCGCCCCCAAGGGUGCACUGGCUGAAAGACGGUAUACCGCUGCACCCUCGCAGAGGCCUGAGGAUUCAACACAAACGGUGAGUCUUGCUUUCCAUUCUGAUAUUCCAGCGGAAACCGCUCGCGAUUUAUCGCGGGUCGCGGACAAAGGCGCGGGAUCAACGCGGUGGAAAGACGUGUUUCGCGUGCAGGCGAAAAAUCCCCGGUAA